ACAAAGUACGUACGCAGCCACACAUCAGAUUGGACGCUUGACAUCUGUCAUUCGAAACGUAAACAAACGUGCAGUUGCCGGAUACAUUAGCAACAAACGGUGCAGUUCGCUGCGCAAAUCGAACACAAAAUGCCGAAAAUAUUCACCCCAACGAAUCAGAUCCGGUUAACGAAUGUGGCCGUGGUGCGGAUGAAAAAGGGAGGCAAGCGUUUCGAGAUAGCGUGCUACAAGAACAAAGUGCUCUCAUGGCGAUCCGGUGCGGAGAAAGAUUUGGACGAAGUGCUGCAAACGCUCGCAGUGUUCAACAACGUAUCGAAAGGCGAAGUGGCGAAGAAGGAGGAACUGCAGAAAGCGUUCGGCAAAGAUGAUGUCACCGAGAUUUGCAAAGAAAUUCUGGCCAAAGGUGAAUUGCAGGUGUCGGAGAAGGAACGGCAAGAUCUGCUAGAUUCCAUGUUUAAGGAGAUCGCGACGACCGUUGCCGAUAAGUGCGUCAAUCCGGAAACGAAACGACCCUACCCUGUGUCGAUCAUUGAAAAAUCGAUGAAAGAUAUCCAUUAUUCGAUCAAACCACACCGGAAUGCCAAGCAGCAAGCGCUGGAUGUGAUCCGGCUGCUCAAGGACACAAUCCCGCUUGAACGGGCCAAGAUGCGGCUGAAGGUUGGUCUGCCAGCGAAGGAAGCCAAACGCCUGAAGGAGCGAAUAGCGAAGCUAAGCUCAACGGUGACCGAAUCGGAAGAGUGGGAAGGCGAACGGCUUAUGCUGACGUGCCUGAUCGAUCCGGGACACUUCCGAGAGAUGGAUGAAAUUAUUCGCACCGAAACGAAAGGUACUGGCACGUUGGAAGUAUUGAAUCUGAAAGAAAUCAAAGAAGGCGAAGAGGUGCUGGAGUGAUGCGUGCCGCUGCUUUACGUUGGUUGCUACGAUUGAAUGAAAUUUGCGUUAUUUAUUUUUAAUAAACGGCCAAGUCCAAAUGAACUAA